AUGUUUUAAAAACUAAUUCUAAUAAAUUUUUUAAUAUUUAGUGUUUUGACCAAUUUUUUAAAAACUUAAGAUGGUUGCUCUUAAGGAUGUAUGUAAUGUAAUUAAUCUGGGAAAUGUUUACAAUGUUAAGAUGGUUAUUAUUAAGAUUAAGAAAGUAAAUAAUGUUUAGAAAUCGCUACUAGAGUUCUAGAUAAAGUACAAAGCUGUAAUGAAGAUGAAGGAUGUGCUUAAUGUUCUGAAGAAGGAUUAUGUUUAGAAUGUCAAGAUGGCUAUUAUGAUACUGAAAAUAAUAAAGAUGAUUCUAAUCCAAAGAAAUAAU